CCGGCUUAUCCUGGGAGAAAGAACACGUGCUUAAUGUGAGUAAAUAGAAGACCAAAUAGCUACAGCUUAUGAGAAGAGAGGAACCUACUACGAACGUUACAAAAGAAAUUUAGACUCAUUCCAAAACCUCUAAAGAAUGGAUAUCUCACAACUAACCGUAUUGUUUUGGUUGGUUUCUCACGUAUCUAGUAUAUAUUUUGGUGGAAUCCCUCAUGGCGGAAAGAAAGCGAUUUCAACAAAAAGCGAAAUUAGAUUAUCUCAACAACAACCAGGAUUAGGAAUUUAUCCUUGGAAAUACAUUAAAGAGAUUUUUCUGAUAAAACUGAAGAAUAUCAAAUUUAAACGUUCAAUGCGAAAGGGAAAGCAGUUUUAUAAAGACAGAAGACAAAACAAGAAAUAUUUGGGAUAUGGAAAGAUUGAUAAAAAAUCUGAAGAGCGCUACAAGAAACCUUCCACAAGAAGAGGGCGCUAUCAAAAGUUCCGUGCAAGUGAAGGGUGCUAUAAAAAGUCUUCUGCAAGGCGCUAUGAGCGUUUUCAUGCCAGUAAAGAGCCGACUAAGAAGCAAUAUAUGAAAUAUUUUACAAGAAGAGAACGCCAUGAGGACUUCCGUGCACAGAAAGCGUACAAUAAGAAUUAUUCUCGAAGCAGACGCCCUUAUAAAACGUCUUCAGCAAGUACAAGGUACUAAAAUAACUUUCUCGCUGAUGGGGGCCGAAUAAAAAGUCUCUCACAAAUAAUAAAGGUUGAUCUGAGCCUUUCUCUAUAACACCAUAUUAUUUUUUGUUACGAUGGUAUUGUAGAUAAACGGAUUUUUAAGUAUUCAUAAGUAGACUUUCAACUUAAA